AUUCAGUAAGUAUGUCACCUAUCAGGUGAUAGCUAAGUCCAUCGCAUCUCGAUCAAACGUUUUAUCAUACAAGUGUGUUUAGAAGAACUUGUGGACAACAGUUUCGUCAGCAAGUAGUGUCCACAACAAGAGAAAAUUCUGCUUCCGGUAUGGCGGGAGCUGGAUAUAUGUCUCCAGAAGACAUGAGAGCAGCCAUGGUGGGCAUGCACCAAAAGAUGGACGCGCUGAAUAUGAAGAUAGAAGCAAUGGCAACGGAGGUGAGGGCUGUAUCAAAUAAAUUGUCCAUUAUGGAACAAGGAACGGUGGCAGGAGCACAGGCAGUUCCUGCAGCCACCCCUCCCGAUAGCCAACAUGACAUCAAACAAGCGAUCAAUUUUGCGUCUUCAUACUCGCCUAUGUCAAGAAUACGCUUCGUGGGAAUCAAGGAAAUGCCUGGGGAGAACGUUGAUGAGGUUCUCAGGAAGUUCUUGAUUGCAACGUUUGGAAUAGAGGAGGCACAGGCACGCACAAUGCCAAUGACAUGCUUCCGUCUAGCUCGAAUGUCGGGUACACCAGAAGGAUCGCCUGGAGAUAUUCUGAUCACUUUCAACAGCGUGCAUGAUAAGAAUAAAAUCUUAACUAGAGCUAGUAAGAUAAGCAAGACUCUGAUGGCGAUGAACAUCGGAAUAAUGAGAUGGCAGUAACCGCAGUAAUGCCGACCGGAGUUACACGUGGGAAAGGACCUGUUAGAAGAACCCGUUACUCUACAUUAGAAUUUUGCCAGGAUAAAAUCCAUUCAAGCGGAUUUAUGUUGUGACAUCGAUGUUUGCAGUGACUUAAUUAGUUUCUCCAGUUACUUAUGGGGUAGAUGACAUCGGACGACAUCCCUAGAAACAACAUGAACACUAGUAACACCCUGUAGUCUGUUUCCCUUAAUAUAACAGUAAUAUGCAGGUACUGUUAAAGCGAUCUUCGCCUUAAGGCGAUCGUAGUAGUUUACCUACCUUAACAGUCGUUAUAAGUGUAAUUUGUAAGAUAGUAAUAUACAUGUUUGUUUCAUUUCUAA